CCCGUCCUCUUAACCACGCCCCCAACCACACUCCUACCAAUCAGACACGCCUCCUACUUCGUAACCACGCCCCUUCUCUCCUCAGCCGCGCCCCCUCCAGGCUCAUCCCUGCCGCCUUUUGCGACUCCUUUCGGCGAUGCUUUACGGCUUUUCUUCCUCUUAACGCACGAGACCGGCGCCGUUGCCAAGAGCCAAUGGCCGCCGCCGAGCGGGGGUCCCCGCCCCCCCCCCGCAGAGGAAGAGGAGGCGGCGGAGGCCGAGGGGAGCCCCCCCCCGCGGCGGGUGGUCCCGGGGGUGCUUUAUCUUUCCUUCCUGCCCCCCGGCUUCGGCCCCCGCCAGGCCCGGGCCCUGCUCGGGGCCCACGGGGAGCUGGGGCGGGUCUUCCUGCAGCCCCGAGGCGGGGGGGUGCGCCGGAGGAGGCAGCGCCCGGGGGCUCCCGGCGGCUCCUUUGCCGAGGGCUGGGUGGAAUUCCGGGACAAGCGGGCGGCCAAGCGGGCGGCGGCGCUGCUGCACGGAGCCGCCAUGAGCCCCCGGCCCCGCAGCCGCUUCCGCCACCACUGCUGGAGCAUCAAGUACCUGCCCGGGUUCCGGUGGCCCCACCUGAGCGAGCGCCUGAGCUACGAGCGGCAGGUCCGUGCCCAGCGCCUGCGGGUGGAGGUGGCUCAGGCCAAGCGGGAGGGGGGGUUCUACACCCGCCGCCGCGCCCCCCCCGCGGACACUGCGGCCCCCCCCGCCCCCACAGCCCCCUCCUGGGGCUUCACCCAAACACCCACCGAGGAGGAGAUUUGGGGGCGCAAGAAGCGGCCCCCCCCCGCGCGCCCCCCCCGCAGCCUGCUCCAGAAGGUGUUUGGGGGAGGGGGGUGAGCAACGACCCCCCCCCCCCCCCCCCCCCCCCCCUCCCUCCCCCCGAGUCCUUCCCCCACCCCCAGCACCCCUCCCCUAUCCAAUCCCUUAUCAAACCCCUCCCCCAAAUCCCCCGCCGGAGCCCCCCCAACACCCCCCCGAGCCCUUCCCCCCCCCCAAUAUCCCUCAUUGCACCCCUCCCCCCUCAACCAAACCCCCCCAACCCCUCCCCCCCAUCCAGUCCCUUCUCCAACCCCCUCCCCCUCCUUGUCUGUCCCCCUCCAACCCCGGGCCCCUCCCUCACCCUCACUCCCCCCCCCAAUUCCUGUCCCUGGAGCCCCUCCCCCAUCCAAGCCUCAUCGAACCCCUCCCCCCAAACCAAAUGCCCCCCAACCCCUCCCCGGACACCAAAUUUCGCUCAUUUUGUUCUUUUUUGGACUUUUUCUCCUUAAAACUUUUUACUCCUUUAACAAAAAUAA